AGAUGUACAGUCCCUUUAGAUCUAUUGUUUAGGAAAUGCACAACAUAGCAACGGUUCCGGAUUUUUAUCCUAUAAUUGUUGACUUAAACUGUGUUCCUUCAAUGUUAGGUUUAUUAUGUCACGAUAAUUCGGAUAUAUCUGUCUCCGUGAUUGAUUUAAUUCAGGAGUUAACUGAUGUGGAUACACUAAAUGAAUCUGAGGAAGGGGCUGAGUCUCUAAUCCAAGCUCUUAUAGAUAACCAGAUAUUCUCUCUCAUGAUCGCAGCUAUUGAACGGUUAGAUGAAUCUGUCAAGGAGGAGGCGGAUGGUGUACACAAUGCGCUCGCUAUAAUCGAGAAUAUAGUAGAAUUCAGGCCUACUGUUUGUAAGGAGGUGGCCGAAGCCGGUUUUAUGACUUGGCUGAUUAAAAAACUUAAGGUUAAAGUUCCUUUUGAUGCUAAUAAACUAUACGCCAGUGAAAUCCUUUCUAUCCUACUACAGAAUGAACCAGAGAACAGGAAGAUGAUAGGAGAGCUGGGAGCUAUUGAUAGUAUGCUCCAGCAGUUAGCUUACUACAAGCGUCAUGAUCCUAAUCAACAGGAAGAAUCUGAGUACAUGGAGAAUUUAUUCAACUCAAUGUGUUCACUACUCCUGGAGAGAGAGAACAGAGACAGGUUCCUGCAAGGAGAAGGUUUACAGCUGAUGAACUUGAUGUUGAGAGAGAAGAAGAAAUCAAGAACUGGAGCUCUCAGGGUUCUAGACCAUGCGAUCUCUGGAGUAGAUGGAGCUAAUAAUUCAGCUAAAUUUGUCGAUAUUCUCGGGCUCAGGACCAUCUUCCCUCUUUUCAUGAAAACGCCAAAGAAAUCUAAGCGUGGUGGAGUGACUGCAGAUGAGCAUGAAGAACAUGUUGUUUCAAUAAUCGCCAGCUUAUUCAAGAAUUGUACUGUGGGCAACAAUGCGGGAAAACAAAGAGAACGUUUACUAGCCAAGUUUACUGAGAAUGAUCAUGAGAAAGUUGACAGGUUAUUGGAGCUUCACAUCAAGUACUACAGGAAGGUGGAGGAAGCAGAUCAAAGGUUGGAAAGAGAAAUGAGAAGAUCCAAGGAAAAGCUGGAUGAUGAUGAGGUUUAUGUUAGAAGGUUACAAGAUGGUUUGUUUGUUCUACAAUAUGUUGAUUAUAUAAUCCUUGAAAUCUGCUGCUGCGGAGCAUCUACGGUUAAACAACGUGUUCUACAGAUUCUAAAUCUCCGAGGAGGAACCCUUAAGACAGUCAGGGAUACAGUCAGAGAAUACGCGGGAAAUCUGGGAGAUGAGGAAGACGACCAUGAGAAGAAACUGGAACAAGAAUAUCUGCUAAAUCUUGUAGACAAGUUUUAAACAAGAAUAUCUGCUUAAUCUUGUAGACAAGUUUUAAACAAGAGUAUUUGCUUAAUCUUGUAGACAAGUUUUCUACAAGAAUAUCUGCUUAAUCUUUUAGACAAGUUUUCAACAAGAAUAUCUGCUAAAUCUUGUAGACAAGUUUUCAACAAGAGUAUCUGCUAAAUCUUGUAGACAAGUUUUCAACAAAAAUAUCUGCUAAAUCUUGUAGACAAGUUUUCAACAAGAGUAUCUGCUAAAUCUUGUAGACAAGUUUUCAACAAAAAUAUCUGCUAAAUCUUGUAGACAAGUUUUCAACAAGAGUAUCUGCUAAAUCUUGUAGACAAGUUUUCAAC